AUGGUCCCGCCGCAGCUCUGCCCGCUGGGGUUGCUGGCCGUCGCGGAGUAUCUCAACGUCCGGGGGAUGGUCCGGCAGCUGCGGCCCCGACACCGAGCCCGCCGGCAGCUCCUCUUCAGCUGGGGCUUUGGUGGCAGUGGGGAGUUGGGGACGCAGCGGUUUGACGAUCGUGAUGUCCCCACGCCGGUCCGCGUCGCCCCUUUUGGUGUCCGUAUCACUCACCUCACCCUAGGCUCAAACUACAGCUGUGCCCUCAGCGAUGACGGCAACGUUUACACCUUUGGGAAUGGGGACUGGGGGCAGCUUGGACUGGGCGACUCGAGGAACCUCGAGAACCACCCCUGCGAUAAGUCGGCUGUGGUGUUGGUGCCGCGACGGGUCCCUCUUUUUGAGCGCCACCGCGCGGUGCACAUCUCGGCUGGCUACGCCUUUGUCAUCGCGGUGGUUGAAGGCCACCGAGUAUACUUCUGGGGAAACAACAACCACGGCCAGAGCGGGCUCGGUCCAAAGUACUUUGAUGCUAACUCAAAGAAAAUCGACGAGCCGAAGCUGGUGGAGUCGCUGGAGGGGAAGCGGGUGGUGCAGGUCGGCUGUGGGAGUUUCUUCACCAUCGCGCUGACGGCGGAUGGGCGACUGUACAGCUGGGGUCUGAUCGAGUGCCUCGGACUCGGCCCCCCCGAGGCCGUCCGCCAGCGCUACCACGGCAGCUCCAUCCUCGGCGAGUCCCUGAGCAAUGAGCGGCACGGGGUGCUGCUGACGCCGCAGGAGGUCCACGUCGAGACCGCCAGCCCCCUCCGUUACAUCCACGCCGGGCAGUGGCACAGCGGCGUGAUCAACGCGGCGGGGGAGCUCUUCACCUGGGGGGUGGGCUACCAGGGCCGGCUCGGGCACGGGACACGGGAGCCCGCCUACGUCCCGACCCUCGUGCGCGGGAUGCUCGCGGGGCAUCGCGUCGCCGACGUCGCCUGUGGCUCCUUCCACACCGUCGCACUGACAGACCGCGGGGUCGUCUUCUGCUGGGGGGAUAACGCGAGCGGGCAGUGCGGGACGAGCGUGGGGCAUACCGAGGCGGUGACCUCGCCCUACCGGGUUGUAGGGCUGGAGUACGUGGCGGGUGGGGUCGCGCGGGCCAUCUCCUGUGGCCGUCAGAAUACCCUAGUGGUGAUGGAGAACCCCCAGCCAGGAUGCACCCGGCGCUGCUGCCGCUUCGAUUCUCACCACGAGGGCUCUAAGCGGCGGCACUCGCAUGGACAGGUCUACACAUUCGGGGAAACUCCGCGGGGUGGGGGCGGGGGAGCCAACCUGAACAGCGUGGCCUCUCCUGGGAACUUCUCUUUUCUUUUUCGAACCCCCAACUCGACGACCAGCGGAACGACAGGGUCCAGUACUUCCAACCGCAUCGUAAUGCGGACGGGGACCCAUACCGGGAUGAAUAGCGGGAACGGGCGGGGUGCCCUCAGCCAGUCAGAGAGCUCGGGGAUGUUGGAUCACCAAGUUACCCCACAGUCCCGCGUCGUGUCCGCGAUUCCGCCUCCUCACCGCACGAGUAGUCAAUUCCGACUGGUGCCUAAUUUGGAGAAUAUGGACGUACGUGGCAUCGUCAGCGGUUUAUAUCAUACUUUUGUAUAUGCCGAGGAGUUGGACUUUUCUGAUGAAGAGGCGAUUGGGAAGGAAGAAUGUGAUAUAAUGCAGAGAGAGAGACGGGCUGCGAGAUGGGGAAGGAUGGGGAGGACUCCAUUGUCUGAUGAUAGACUACGUGUUCAUCUAACAAAGGUCGACACUCAUCAAAACAAGCAUUUAAAAGUAAUGAGGGAUAGAGAGUAG